UUAUUGAAUCUUCUUCAUUUUCGAAACGCGUACGCGCCUCUCGUGAAUCUUGUCGAUCAGAUUCUGAAAAUCUCCGAACGAGCUCUUUUAAACGAAUCUACAAUCCUAAACCUGCAUAAUCCAUUCUCCAUUAGAUACCAAAUUCCCUGUUAAUGGCGGCAUACAGAGCUGACGAUGACUACGAUUACCUCUUCAAACUAGUCCUGAUCGGAGACUCUGGUGUCGGUAAAUCUAAUUUACUUUCUAGAUUUGCUAAAAACGAGUUUAAUCUCGAAUCAAAGUCAACGAUUGGCGUUGAAUUCGCCACUAGAAGUAUUCGUGUCGAUGAUAAGAUUGUUAAGGCUCAGAUUUGGGAUACUGCUGGUCAAGAAAGGUACCGCGCAAUUACAAGUGCAUACUACAGAGGAGCUGUUGGAGCAUUACUUGUGUAUGACACGUCACGCCACGUCACCUUUGAGAACGUUGAGCGAUGGCUAAAAGAGCUUCGUGACCACACGGACUCAAACAUUGUGAUCAUGUUAGUUGGAAACAAAGCUGACUUACGCCACUUGCGUGCAGUCCCCACCGAGGAAGCAAAAACAUUUGCUGAAAAAGAGAACACUUAUUUCAUGGAGACAUCGGCUUUGGAGGCUUUGAAUGUUGAAACCGCGUUUACAGAAGUCCUUACACAGAUUUAUCAUGUGGUUAGCCGCAAAGCACUUGAUGCAGCUAAUGAUCCUUCGGAUUUGCCGAAAGGGCAGACCAUUAACGUGGGGUCAAAGGACGAUGUUUCUGCUGUCAAGAAAGUCGGUUGCUGCUCUGCUUAAGGAUGUUUUUUAAGGAUUGAGACAGUUUUGAAUUCUAGUCUUGGAUUAUUGAAGACAAGACAGUGAUUGAACUGAGAAUCAUCUUGUUGGGUCUCAGACUUUGUUAAGUAACAUAUGUGAUUUCUAUAAUAUUCAAGAGACAUGUUUUGAUUUCUAUAAUAUUUUUCUUUCCAAAUCU